CCCGAUCAGUUCUUAAUCACACUUGAAACCGAUUAGUUGUCUGAAAAAUAAUGUCACUUCUUAAAAACCCCAUUGGGGCCUUCCUAACUCUCAGUUUUUUGGCCUUAAUAACAAAUAUAUCCGCAGAAGUUGGCAAGUUGGUUUGCUUCUACGAUUCCAAGAGUUUUGUACGCGAAGGCCCUGGACAAGUGUCGCUGGCGGAAUUGGAACCUGCUUUGCAGUUUUGCAACUUUUUGAUCUACGGCUAUGCCGGUAUUGAUUCCGAGUCCUUUAAAAUCAAAAGUCUAGAUCCUUCAGUGACCUAUGACCGCCAGCACUAUCGCCAAAUAACCGCCUUGCGCCAGAAGUUCCCACAUGUGAGGUUUCUCCUCUCCGUAGGCGGUGAUCGGGACUUGGACGGCGAGGGCGUGGCAGAUACUGUCAAGUAUCUGAGUUUACUGGAACAGCCCGACCAUCGUCGGAGCUUCAAGGCCAGCGUUUUGGAUGAGGUGAACAAGUACGGGUUCGAUGGCAUCGAUCUCGCCUGGCAGUUUCCCAAAACGCGACCAAAGAAGCAGCAGGGAUUCCUGAAAAGGACCUGGAGCUCGUUUCGCGGCUUGUUUGGCAGCAAAGCCAUUGACGAAAAGGCCGAGGAACAUAAGGAGCAGUUUGCCACGUUGGUCCAUGAGCUGGCAGUGGAUUUGGUUCGUGGUGGCAAGCUGAUUUCCCUCACCAUGUUGCCCCAUGUUCCAGCUGAAGUCUUCAUCAAAUUGCCCAAUGUACUGGCCGACGUGGACUUUGUCAACCUGGGCACCUACGACUUCCAGACCCCGGAACGUGAUCCCAAAGUGGGAGAUCUACCCGCUCCAUUGCAGGCCAUGUAUGAUCGGGAGCCCAGCCACAAUGUCCAGUACCAGGUGGAGUACUGGCUGAAUCAGACAUCUCCCAGCUAUGCCCAGAAGCUCAAUAUCGGAGUAACUAGCUAUGGACGUGCCUGGACUAUGACCCGGAACUCGGGAAUCACAGGAUAUCCCCCGAUUCCCGAAACAGAUGGUGCUGCUCCGGCGGGCAGGCAAACGGGUAUUCCUGGCAUUCUCAGCUGGCCAGAGACCUGUGACCUUCUCCAACAGCAGCCCCAGGCCAAGGAUAUCCCUCGUUUGAGGAAGGUGGGAGAUCCUACCAAGCGUUUUGGAAUCUAUGCUUAUCGGGCGGCUGACGACAAGGGCGAGAAUGGUUUGUGGAUCGGCUACGAGGAUCCCACAACGGCGGCCAUUAAGGCGGGAUACGUCCAGUCCCAGGGAUUGGGGGGAGUGGCCUUCCACGACCUAUCCAUGGAUGAUUUUCGUGGUCAGUGUGCGGGCGAGAAGUAUCCCAUUCUGCGAAGCAUUAAGUUCAGGUUGUAGAACAUUUCCAAUAAAGAUCCAAACCUUUUAA